UCUUCCUCCAUGGCGUGGUUGGCAUACACCAUGUUGGAGAUACUGGUUGCCAUGGCGUGUUGUUUUGGUAAUGUGUUGGUGAUGUGGGCAGUACAUUUGAGACGUUCUCUGAGGCAGCCCACCUUCUGUUUUGUGGUUUCUUUAGCGAUAGCGGACUUUCUAGUGGGUUCGGUCGCGGUGCCACUCGCUGUGCUGGUGGAUGGGUGGAUACAAACAUCUUUUCAUAUUUGCCUACUGGUCAGCUGCAUCGUGCUGGUUCUGACCCAGGCUUCGGUUCUGUCUCUGCUGGCCAUCGCAGUGGACCGGUACUUACGAGUCAGCAUCCCACUCAGGUACAGAGAGAUAGCCACACAGAGGCAUUCCUGGUCAGUGGUGGCUGUGUGCUGGCUGCUGUCGUGUGUGCUGGGUUUCACUCCUCUGUUUGGUUGGCACAAUGGUCAUGCCCUCAUCCAUGACGCCAACUCCACCCUUAUCCACUGCACUUUCCUCUCUGUCAUCUCUCUGCCCUACAUGGUCUACUUCAACUACCUGGGCUGCAUAAUGUGUCCCUUGGUUGCCAUGACGAUUCUCUAUGCGCUAGUAUUCCACAGCCUGUGGACACGGCUCCAUAAGGAGGCGGAGCCUAACGGAGGCAGGGCAAAGUUCUGUGGGAGAGAGAAGCACAGAGUGACACUGGGUGGGGCUGAGAUGGGUGUGACAGACUCACAAGCCUUUCUUAUGAGGGAAAAGAGACUCGCACUUUCACUGGUCCUGGUCUUGCUGUUGUUUGCCGGAUGUUGGAUGCCUCUGCAUUUGAUGAAUUGCGCCGUGUUGGCGUUUGGAUACCAGGCCGUCCCCCAGUGGAUGUUCUACGCCGGAAUCCUCCUGUCACAUGCUAACUCUGCCGUAAACCCUGUGGUGUAUGCCAUGCGUGUACAAAAAAUCAGAGAGGCCUACACUGAGAUCUGGAACCAGUGUGUUUCAUGUCUCAGAGGACAGGGUGGCUCCACUCCCAGACAGAGGACACUUUCAGGUGGACACAACACUGGCAGCGAUCACAUCACAACACCUACUCACACUGGAGCAAUCACCACAUGA